AUGAUUACACAAGAUAAUUGGUCUUCGGGUAGGAAAGAUCUAAUAAAGGAGCUUGAAUCUCAUUUUGAUGAUUACUCUAGACUCUAUGAAAAUGAUGAUAUGGUACAUGAGUUGAUUCAUUCACUUUCUCAUUUUGAUGGUUCAACGAGUCGUGAGUAUUGGAUGACCAUGCCGGAUAUGGGUCAUGUUAUUGCUUCAAGAUAUAAAGUUAUUCUUAUUCACUUGAGCCAACAACAAUGUCUUACAUUUCUUCCACUUUGGAAUGAACUACUUGCAAUCACAUCUCAUAAGAUUGUUGCAACUGGAUUUGUCAAUGACUGUCAUUUUGUCUUGGUAAAUGGACACACUAGAAGACCAAUGCCACCUAUUACUUGUAAUUGGUACAAGUACCAUCAUCCAUGUGCUGAAGGCUGGGCUACACCUUAUCAUGCUAGAACUCAAUUUUUUUAG